AUGUUUAAAAGAUACUUAUCCAGUACAUCAACCAAAAGAUUCACUAGUAUUUUGGAAGAAAAAGCCUUUCAGGUGACCACUUACUCCAGACCUGAAGAUCUAUGUAUUACUAGAGGUAAAAAUGCCAAGCUGUACGACGAUGUCAAUGGCAAGGAAUAUAUCGAUUUCACAGCAGGUAUUGCGGUGACUGCAUUAGGUCAUGCAAAUCCUAAAGUAGCAGAAAUCCUCCACCAUCAAGCAAACAAACUAGUUCAUUCUUCCAAUCUUUACUUCACUAAGGAGUGCCUCGAUUUAAGUGAAAAAAUUGUGGAAAAAACGAAGCAAUUCGGUGGUCAACAUGAUGCUUCGAAAGUGUUUCUAUGCAACUCAGGUACGGAAGCAAAUGAAGCUGCUUUGAAAUUUGCAAAGAAGUACGGUAUAAUGAAAAGUGCUAGUAAGCAAGGAAUUGUUGCUUUUGAGAACUCUUUUCAUGGACGUACUAUGGGCGCUUUAUCUGUUACCUGGAAUAGCAAAUAUAGAACUCCCUUUGGUCAUCUAAUCCCGAAUGUCUCUUUCUUAAAUUUGAAUGAUGAAAUGACCAAAUUACAAAGUUAUAUCUCUACCAAAAAAGAUGAAAUUGCAGGUUUAAUUAUUGAACCUAUACAAGGUGAGGGGGGUGUUUAUCCAGUAGAAAUUGAAAAGCUAACCGCAUUGAAGAAAAUAUGCCAGGAUAAUGAUGUCAUUGUCAUCCAUGAUGAAAUUCAAUGUGGUUUAGGCCGUUCAGGUAAGCUAUGGGCUCAUGCCUAUUUGCCAAGAGAAGCACAUCCAGAUAUUUUUACAUCUGCCAAGGCACUGGGCAAUGGGUUCCCAAUUGCCGCCACCGUCGUCAAUGAAAAAGUUAACAAUGCUUUAACAGUUGGCGAUCACGGUACUACUUAUGGUGGGAAUCCGUUGGGCUGUUCUGUAAGUAACUAUGUCUUGGAUACUAUAGCAGACGAGGCUUUCUUGAAACAAGUUUUUAAAAAGGGUGAAAUUUUGCAAAAGCGUUUACGUGAAAUUCAAGCCAAAUAUCCAAAUCUGAUAAAGACUAUCAGAGGUAAGGGUUUGAUGCUUGGCGCUGAAUUUGCUGAACCACCUGCUGAAGUCAUCAAAAAGGCUAGAGAGUUGGGUCUUUUGAUCAUCACCGCUGGUAAGAGUACGGUCAGAUUUGUUCCCGCCUUAACCAUUGAAGACGAGCUAAUCAAUGAAGGGAUGGACGCCUUCGAUAAAGCCAUUGAAGCCGUGCACGCUUAG